AUGCACCCCAGCAAGGUCCAUCAGAGUACCACCAAACAGCCCAACUCGGGUCUGAUCCUGGGGUUCAAUCCCAUCCCCAAAGACGCCGAUGGCAACCUCGUCAAGGGCGCCCUCGUGCAAGACACCCCCUCCAAGCCGAAACACUCGCCCGCCCCUUCCUCCCAUUUCGGCACCCCGGGCUUCGAUUUCAAGUUCGCCUGCCACGAGUCACAGCUCAGUGACGAGGCCAGAAAGCUCAUGGAGACUGUGCGCCAGGAUGCCGCCCGCAUCAAGUCCCAGAUUGCUCGCGAUCAGCCAAGCCAGUCCCCCGCGUCCAACGACGCUCACGACGUCGGCGAUCGGAAGAUCGCUCAGCCCAAGGGCAAGGCCGGUCGCUUCAGCAACGCCCAUAUGGCUGAAUUCAAGAAGAUGGACUCCAUUGCCGGACAUGCGUCGGCCUUCCGUGCCACUCCCGGACGCUUCCAACCCGUUCAGGAGAAGACCCUCAAGCGCUCCAACUCCAAGGCGCGUCUGGAUGAGUCCCCGGCCAAGGCUGUCCCGUCUGUCCCCAGGUCUCCUGCUCCGUCCGCAAAACGCGUGAAACACGAUACAUCCGAUGAUACGUCCACGCAUCGUCCGGUGGAAGGCGAACCUAGGACCCCCAAGCCCACGGCUCAUUCCCGUCCUCGUCCCCGGUCCACCACGCGCGCUUCCCACUUCACCCCGACCCGGGCGUCGGCGGCGCGGGCCACCGCGACCAGCAUCAAACCGCCUCGUUCGUCCAUGAUCCCAUCGCUGGCUCGCUCCCCCUCGCUGCAGCAUCCGUCGGCUCCACGAACCCCUCGCACAGACUUCAACCCCCGUCUGAAGACCAACAUCCCCACGCUGCCCAAUCUCAAGUCGAUUCUGCGCCGUCACCAGCCCCUCUUUUCCAAGGAUCCCACCAAGAUCGCCGCAGGUACUCAUGUGACGGCGUCCGACUUCAAUUCCAAGUUGUUACUGCAGAGCCCCUCGCGGCAGGCAUCCGACGAUGUCGUGCAGACACCCUCGCCCAAGAAACGCGUGGAAUUCUCCUCCAGCACUAGGUCCCCCGGCCCGCAGGCGUCGCCGUCGCCCUCGAAGAUCCCCAGUGCACGUCCGGCCACCUCAGACGUUGUCUAUCCUUCUCUGCCGGCCUUGACACCUGAAAAGACCGCUGCUGCUACGCCCACUGCUACUUCCGGUGAAAUUACGAAAUCCACCAUCCGUCAGGUCCGUCCAUCCGAUGUGCCAUCGACCACGAGGCCGCUGCCGAAGGUCGCCGGCGUGCCACACGGGAUCGGGAACAAAAAGCGAUAUCGCGAGACGACCGAGCACGGCACUGACAGCGAGAAUAUGCCACCCGUUGAUACGACCGACGAGGUCCGCAGUACGAAGCGAGUUAAGUUGGGCUCACCGUCACCUACCAAGAUGCCAACCCCGAGUCCGACCAAGCCUCGUUCCCACACGCCUCUGCGGUCGACCGCGAAGGGUAGUCGAUCCGGGACUCCAGCGAGCGCACGUGCCAAGAACCGCGGCGUCCUGAGUGUCAGCCGUUUGAACAUGCUCGCUCAGCCGAAGAAUCGCUCUUGA